UAGUCUUCAAUAUGGAGUGAUGACAGUCAUGUCCCACUCAAAGGACCUCAAAGAUGACUUUCACAGUGACACAGUGCUCUCCAUCUUAAACGAACAACGGAUUCGGGGAAUUUUAUGUGAUGUCACUAUCAUCGUGGAGGACACCAAAUUUAAAGCCCACAGCAAUGUCCUGGCAGCUUCAAGCCUUUAUUUCAAAAAUAUAUUUUGGAGCCGUACUAUCUGCAUUUCCAGUCAUGUCCUGGAGUUGGAUGACCUCAAGGCUGAAGUGUUUACAGAAAUACUUAAUUAUAUAUACAGUUCCACGGUUGUUGUGAAGAGACAGGAAACAAUGACUGAUCUUGCAGCUGCAGGAAAAAAGCUGGGAAUAUCAUUUCUGGAAGAUCUUACAGAUAGCAAUUUCUCAAACUCUCCAGGUCCCUAUGUAUUUUGCAUAACAGAGAAGGGUGUGGUUAAAGAAGAAAAAAAUGAAAAACUAUCUGAAGAACCAGCUAUUGCCAAUGGACCAAGGAUCACAAAUGCAUUUUCCAUCUUUGAAACUGAAAAUAAUAACAGCAUGUUUUCUCCCCUGGACUUGAGGGCAAGUUUUAAAAAGGCCUCAGAUUCAAUGAGAACAUCGAGCUUUGGCCUAGAAAGGAACGACGUCUGCAACGAGGCUGAGCCCGUCCGGACGCUAGCGGAACAUUCCUACGCCGUUCCAUCAGCAGCUGAUGCUUUUCAAGGACGUCCUUCGUACGAAUCUGCUGCCAGCCCACCUUAUAUAAGAAGUGAAGAAAAUUGUGAUGAGGCGCCUGCAAAAACACAAACAUGCAGGACCCCCAAGACACCCCCAAGACCCCAAGCUUCCAGUUCCGCAGUGGCAAAAAUGCCACCCCCUCAAGGAACCAGCACAGAGGUUCAUCAAGAAAAAACCCCAGAUCCAACCAUUCCUUCCAUUUCCGAUUCUCACAAGAGUCAAGAAGACAACCGUUUUCCCAAGGAAAAUGAAAACCCACCCGCUAACAUUCCUGAAUCCACACCCCCAGCCCUUCCUCCUGUUUACGACUGCACUUUUUGCUCCAAAUCAUUUGAAAGUCCAGCCUUACUGGAGUCCCACCUGCAGCUCCACGCAAAGCCUCAAGAAGCUUUUGUGUGCAAAUACUGCGACAAACAAUUUACCACCUCCAACAGGCUGGACAAGCAUGAGCAGACCUGCGUGAACUCAGACCGUCUCCCUCUUCCUGGUGGAAACCAACAGAGCUUUUCACCUCCAGAUGGAAAAACUGAAAGUUCCUACAAGGGUCCCGAAAUGCCGUCAUCUGAGAGUAAGGUGGGUGAACAUUCUGGCACAAGCCGGACCUUGCCAGAAGUAGAGCAUACAGUGAAGGUUGUGGACGGGCAAAUACUCUACACGUGUGUCGUGUGCAAGCGUAGUUAUGUAACUCUGUCUAGUCUCCGAAGACAUGCCAACGUUCACUCGUGGAGGAGAACCUACCCUUGUCACUAUUGCAGCAAAGUAUUUGCUUUGGCAGAAUAUAGGACCAGGCACGAAAUUUGGCACACCGGAGAGAGACGAUAUCAGUGCAUCUUCUGCCUGGAGACUUUCAUGACUUACUAUAUCCUUAAAAACCAUCAGAAAUCUUUCCAUGCAAUUGACCAUAGGCUUCCUAAUAAGAAGACGGCCAACGGAGGCCUGAAGCCUAAUAUCUAUCCUUAUAAGCUUUACAGACUGCUGCCUAUGAAAUGCAAAAGGGCUCCCUAUAAGAGCUACAAAAAUUCUUCCUAUGAAAAUUCACAAGAAAGCAGCCAGCCUGGUGAGCCAGCUCCCAGUUCCUGCAUUAUUAAGAAUCCCAGAAGCUCUGAAUUGCCUACUUUAACUCUCCAAGACAAUGUGAAUAUGCUGUCAAAUAGUUCAGCCACUUCACCCAAUGCCCCUUCAGGUAAGGAAGCCCACCAGGCUACAGAUCUUCAAAAUGGGACCUUGUGGGGAGUAGGAGGAGGGCUGCUGAACCCUGUUAAAAAUAACUUUAGUCCUGCUGAGAAGCCACUUCCCUCAGGGGGAAAAAGUCUCACUUCUGGCUCACAGGGUGGAGGUGACGUGACAAUUCCAUCCUACAGUAACGUCAGUGAAAAUGCCACAUCAGUCAUUAGCUACAGCAGCUCCGCACCAUCUGUCAUUGUUCACAGCAGCCGGGUUUCCUCGGUGAUAAUGCACAGUAAUGCAGUCACUGCCAUGACAAGCAGUAACGCCAUCUCUUCAAACACUGCUGUUAACCAUUCCCCAAGAGAUGACAGUAAGCAUGCCGAGAACUUAGGCAAAAUCCCCAGCAAGAUCAAAAGCAUUAAGGAGAAGAAAAAAGUUAUGCCCUACAACAGGGGAGAAACAUUUGAGGAGGCAAAGUUUGCCACCAGUUCUGGAGGUCCUUCGAGUAAAACCACUAGCGUUAUUGAGGAAACCAGUAAAACUGAAACAUAUAUUGCAAAACCCGCCUUGCCUGGGACAUCAACUAACAGUAAUGUUGCACCUCUCUGCCAGAUAACAGUAAAAAUUGGGAAUGAGGCUAUUGUGAAAAGACACAUUCUAGGGUCCAAACUGUUCUAUAAAAGGGGGAGAAGAUCUAAGCACGAGACUCAGGACGACAGUUUGCUUCGAGAAAGUGAUACAGAACGGAAAGAGAGCAGCCCAGCCAGGCUGAGCCGAUCUGAAUGCGUGGAAAUGAGUGAAAUGUUUGACGAUGGCAGUGACCAGGAUACGACGGACAAGCCGUGGCGCCCAUACUACAAUUAUAAACCCAAGAAGAAAUCCAAACAAUUAAAGAAAAUGAAGAAAGUCAAGUGGAAGAAAAGACAUGGAAACAGGAGCCCAAGCAAUGAACAACACACAAACUCAAGUGACAAAGACUCUGCUGUCAAAAGGAGCCCUAAGGAAAAGGUCAUUGAAGGAGAAGAAAAUAAGGAGAUGCCCAGCCUUCAUUGUGAGCUUUGUAUUGGGGAUAAAGCAUCUGCUGGACACCAAGGACAAACCCAUUGGCAUCAUACCACAUCCAAGCCUCAUGCUUGCGAACUAUGCCAAAAGCAAUUCCAGAGCCCUUCCAACCUCAAAAUGCAUAUGAGAUGUCACACUGGAGAGAAGCCUUACUCUUGCAAAACAUGUGGAAGGUGUUUUUCCGUUCAAGGGAACUUACAGAAACAUGAACGCAUUCAUCUUGGGGUCAAAGAAUUCAUCUGUCAGUAUUGUAAUAAGGCAUUCACUUUAAAUGAAACCCUCAAAAUCCAUGAAAGAAUUCACACGGGUGAAAAACGUUAUCGUUGUCAGUUCUGUUUGCAGAGCUUUCUGUAUCUGUCCACCAAAAAGAAUCAUGAGCAGAAGCAUAUCCAUGAGCAUAAUGGAAAGGGCUAUGCCUGCUUUCAGUGCCCCAAAAUUUGCAAAACAGCAGCUGCCCUGGGGAUGCACCAAAAGAAACACUUGUUCAAAAGCCCCAAUCAGCUGGAGAAAAAAGAGGAUGGGGGCAAUGAAAUCCCUAAGCCUUUUGAGAAUCAACAUUUCACUGACUCGGGUGGAAACAAGAUGAAGGAAACCCUACAUACUAUGUCUGAAGAUGUUCUCCUUUGAUUGACAGUGGUGGGAAACCCACUAGACAAUGAUUUUUUUUUUUUCUUUUUAGGUAACAGACAUAAAUGGGUGAAGUAUAGAGGAAAUUCAAAUUUGUGUAAGUUCCUGAAACAUGACACUUUUUCUUCCUGUUCGUAGGUUUCAGCAUUAGCUGUAAAAGCAAAAUGCACCAGAACAUAAAAACUGAGGCUUCGUAUUCCCCAAGUAUCAUGAGAGGGCAAAUGAUAUUCUUAGCUACAAUACUUCUGCCAGUGGGUACUUUGUAAUUUCAAAAGAGAACGAAUCAGCCUAACGCUCUUUUCGUUGAGCGUUGUUAGGAGCUGCCAAACUGGCUAUGAAAUACUGAACUUGAAUCACUUUGAAGAAAAUCAAAGUUCAGAUGCCAUGAGAAUGUCAACUUCACCAGUGUGUUAAAAGGUGAAUGAAAUAUGUCAUCAAUGCUUUUUUAACCCCCAUCCAAUUUCAGUACUGUUAAAAUUUUCAAAAGACAAACUUUUGAUAUUAGAUGAAAUUCUACAUGGUUGGGGGAAAUUUUGAGAUGAGUAACCUAAAGAAAAGCAUUCAUUCGUCUUUUCUUGUAAAACAAAUCUUGUAAAAAAUAAUAUAACCCCAUAGUUUUAUACUGUCCAUGUUCAGUUAGCAAAUGAAAGUGAUGGAGGGAAAGUAGGUCUACAAAUGAGAAUUUGGGAAAAAUUGAUAAAAGGUUAUUUUCGGUAUGGCCAAAAAGCUAAUUUAAGAACGCAGUGUGCGCUACUGGAUAAAGUUCUCUUGAAGUUAUGGCUGAUCAACUAUGGGGAUCUUGACAUCAGUGGUCUACUUGGUAUCUCCCAAAACAUUUUUACCACACUACUAAAUGUACCAGCAAUUACUUAAACUGUAUAUUGCUUCGAUUUAGCUUUAGAACGUCUCAUCUCACCUCUGAGAUGAAGAAGGGUCAAAUUUGACUGAGCAUAUCUGCAGUCUUCCAGGCACCAUUCAAAUCUCAGAAGGCUUCCAUUUCAAGGCAGACCCAUCCAAUCUCAAGGGCUCAAAUGAAAUGGGACUUUCCCAGCUCCACUGGGCAAGUAACUGAAAUACUUAAAGAAAGGUGAGCUUGUGGUAGUAAACUGCUAAGCAUUUGAUUGCGCCACAAUGCCCAAUCCCUACCACCAUGGGCCUUCUUGUGGAAAGACUGGGUAGUCUACAUGAGUUACCUUGCAAGAGUGAGAUACUUAGGGAAACUGUGGAAUUUCUAUCUCCAUUGAUCACCUAGGUUGGCCAGAGGAAGUGAGACCCUCAGUCCCCUAAAUCCAAACAUUAGCACUACUGGACUCCUGGACUGUGUGUGUAACGGUGGGAUGUUGAAUGAUUAAAGAGGCUUACUGCUCCCCUACUUAUCUGACUCCUGUGAAAUUGAACCACCGAUCUAGAUGCCUCUUUUCAGUCUUAGGUAACAGAUACCUUGCCAGAGACCUCUAUGUGUCCCCUAACAUCAUUUCCAGGUUUCAAGCACCCUUAACGUUUUCCCCCAAAGACUGACUAGUUGCUGCACGUGGUUGUCAGAUUAAAGAGGUUCGCGUUGUUUCUUCCCCAGAAGAUGUAGGACUCCCCGACUCUGACUUUCUGCACCUGCCAGAGAGAAAGGGGGUACAUUCCUGACCUGUCCCCUCACAUAAAAGCCACAUCUGGAAGCCAUCAGCCAAGAGCUCAAGGGAUGCCCUGCAAUCCCUGAAAUCAACCUGGAGUGCAUUGGGCCCUCCAGUAUGGUAUCUGGCUGGCCCUUCUCUUUGUGCUACUCCGAAGUCUUUAUGAAGAGGACUUUUGUUCCACUGGGUGGGCAAGAAUGCAUUUUAACAAUCCAGAGAAGGAUGGGAUGGAAGCUGACCUUUCAUUUUGUAGUGCUUUGCUAUUAAAUAACCACAAUACUGCAGCCUCAUUAGCCUCCUGUUUCCACUUUCACUUUCAUGCAGUAUUAUAAAGGGCAAAAUACAAGUGAAUUUACAUGUUCUUUUAUACAUAACAUACAUGCACUAGUCAUUUACUUUGGGUUUUGUUUAAAAAGUUUUGUAAGAGUCAGAACUAAAAAAAGUCUUUGUUGAAAUAAUACCUACAGUAUUGAAUAGUUAAUCCUGUGGUCCACUGAUUCACGCUACCCUAGAUGAGGGCUAUGUGUCCAGGAGAAGUAUUUUAUUUCAUUAGUUCCUUUGGCUUCAGACAAUUCAAGUUGUGAAGUCACUAUUAUCAGUAGUGAAUUCUUCCAGUCUGCACAUGUGGGAUAUUUUCUAAGUGGACUUGUAUGCUGAUAAUUCUAGACCAAAGUAAAUAUGGCAGAAUAUUUAUACAUGAAAAGAUAAUUUUACAGAUAUUUUCUAUAAUUGUAUCAUUCAUAAAUAAAAAUAAAAAUAAAAUGCUGAUAGCUUGUGUUCGUUUUGGGGGAGGGUUGUAUAUUUUGAUUAAAAAACAAAACCAAAAAACCCAAAAAAACCACCAAACCUUGACUUUGUAAUUCUGUAUAUUCUAUACAGUUUCUAGCAGAGCAGUUUUAAGACAGCAUCUUAAUGUUUAUAGUCAAUUGUGAAAAAUUUAUUUUAAGUCCUAUGUUAAAGUAAUGAGUCGAGUACCAAUGACCAAAUUAGAACUGACGUAAAUGUAAACUGAACAUAUCGUAUUGCUGUACAUGAUAUAGACUGUCACUUGCUAUGUUAUAGCAUCUGUAUUUUGUUUAGAAAAUAUUAUUAAAUGCAGAUGUAAAGGAUUGGGAAAAGUCUAAUUUUAUUUUUAGAAAUAAUGAAUAUAAACUUGGUUUUGCUUGAUUAAAAGCUGGCUUAUUCUGAUUUCUAGUCUCUUUUUAAAUAUCUCGAAUGGUCAUUCUUUUGCACCAGCAGGCACUGUGCUUUUAGAGACUGAUGUUGAACAUUUGACUUGCCUGCUGUAUUUCUGUUUCCUCUUUUGUUCAUGCACAGUGAAAUGGUAACGUGGCAGUGACCUUCCAAUCUAGGACUAAGGAGGAAUGUGGCAUUUUUAGAAGGUGGCCCCAUGAAAGACAAAAUACUCUGGUAUUUUGGUUAAUCUUAAAGUAUGGUCCAUUGCACAGAGGUGUUUGAUAAGUGUUGGAAUGAAUGAAUAAAUGAAGAUGCUAAUA